AUAAUUUCUCCUUCCCCUUUCAUUCAAUCAUGAGGAAAGCGCACUGCCAUCCCUGCUUGGAGUAGACGGCUUAGGGUUUUCUGGAUCGUCGCUGCGGAGAUCGGUCAGGGGAUGUAGGCGAUCGUCGUCGCGAGCGCGCAGCAGCUCAGAUGUGCUGCGAUUGCUCUAGAUCUCCUGAAAUUCUGGUUUGGAUCAGGGUACGGUGAAAUCCUAGCAAUGGGAGGCUGUGUGUCGCUGCAAAAGGAAAAGGAUCAUCCUCGCGGGAGGAAGCGCGAUCGGAGGCAGGGAUUUCGGACGCGAUUCAAGGGCCUCCCUUUGGAGGAAGAAGCGAUUGAUGGGAAUUUGAAUGGAGAUCAUGGGCAGUCCGGGAGAAGGACUCUGGGAUUCAUACUCAACGAGAAAGAGCCUUCUCAUCAACAUCAAAAGUCGCUUGGAAGCACCGAGGAGAAUUGGUAUGACGCGGAAGCAAGAUUUACCUCGGAUUCGGAUGACGAAUUCAUGAGCGUGUGUGGGGAUUUUUCGUCCGCGGCGAAUUCCUUGAAUCCCCCUAGUGUGCCGACAACGCCUCGUCCAACACUCGCCAAUUUAAAGGAGGAGAUGUUGAGAGUCGACACAGUAGUGUCUCCGAAAACCGCCAAUGGUUUCGCCGUAGCCGACGAGCAUCUUCUCAGCAGUAAACUCCAUCCGGAAGAGGACAAGAAGAGCUCUGUGUCUCUCGGAAGGAGGUUGAUCGAUGCCACUCCCAGGAAUUCCAGCGUCAGUGUUGCUCCGGUCAGUGAUGCUUCCACUGAGUUCGAGAUGGGAAAGCACGCAAGCCAGCACCAGCAGCAGGCAAAGGAAUUCGAGGGCUGCUUGCCAUGCCUGCUAACAAGCGUCUCGUUCGAGAAGAAGAGUCCUCAGCGGCGACGAUCGUUUCGACUGUUCUCGUUCAAGAGACGCUCGGAUGUUAACGACAGUUUCGAGCUGCAUGAUAUGUCCAAAGUUCUUCACCGGCCCAUUGCAGCUACUCAAGUUCCUAUGUCGGACGGCUCGGUCGAAGGCAGCUGGUCUAGAAUAUGUCCGUCGACCUUCAAACUAAGAUCCCGUAACUACAUGAAGGAUAAGAAAAAGCAAGCUGCGUCCAAGUUUUCAAUCUUCGAGGCUGCUGGUGUGGAUGUUUUCCUGUCGCCAAAGAAAAUCGAUCAUGUCGCUCGGUUUGUGGAUCUAUCGCAUAUUGUAGACGGAAAUCCAGAGGACAAGUUCCCCUCUUUGUUUAUUUUCAACAUUCAGGUGCCUAUGUACUCUGCCUCAAUGUUUCCAGCUGAGAACAAUGGCGAAGGUUUGAACCUGGUUUUCUAUUACAGAAUGUCGGAAGAGUUCAAGAGGAACGGCCCUCCGUAUCUAAAAGACAUGCUAUCUAAAUUACUCGACGACGAACAGGAGAAGGUCAGAGGCCUUGUUGGAGAGACAAUCGUUUCGUUCAGGGAGAGGCUAAAGAUUGUGGCCAGAGUUUUGAAUCCUGAUGAGAUACAUCUCAGUGCUCCGGAGAAGAGGCUGGUUGUGACUUCAAAUGAGAAGCCCGUUCUUUCUCGUCCACAGCACUCGUUUCACAAGGGUCCCGGCUACCUCGAGGUGGAUUUGGACGUUCAUCGCUUUAACUUCAUUGCGCGGAAGGCAGUGGAAUCUUUCCGAGAGAGGCUGAAGCUGUGUGUUUUAGACAUUGGCCUUACAAUCCAGGGAAACAAAGCGGAAGAGCUGCCAGAGCAAAUGCUCUGUUGUGCUCGAAUAAAUAGAUUAAACGUUGGUAGCUACAAGUAUUUGAGCUGUGAAGACGACGCUGCUGGAACGCCUCGAAGCAGGCGGGAUUAAUUAAGAGUUUGCGAUGUAAAUAAUUUGCUCUGAAUUAAAAUUUCGUGAGGGGAUUCGAACCGCGA